UCUUCAGACACUACUACACCACUGUAAGUAACCUAUUUGAAUAAACUGAAUUGCCUUUAAAUUAAACAAGCAUGUCAUGUUAUAAAAAAAAAGAUUUUCAGGGGCCCAAAGAAAAUUCUGUUGUAAAAGCAUUGAUGUUGUUUGCAUUUGCGGAAUGCUUCUUUGGAGCGUUUGCGCACUGCUACCUUUCAGCCUUGCCACAAUGAAAUGUAAUGUCAGAUCACAUUUGCUCUAUAAAGUUGCAUUCAAUAUUAUCAUUUGCAUUAAUGAAAUCAAUUCAUUCUAAAAGCAGACUUGCUGAAUGCUAGUACAUUUUAUUAUGGCUUGGCAGGUAUUGGAUUCUUCUUAAUCAGUCAUGUUCACCGGUUCUUUCUUUAUUCUGUACCCAUUUCUCUCACCCCUUUUUCAGGGUCCACCUGGACGAGCUGGCUUUCCGGGAGACAAAGGAUCAAUCGGCAUUCCUGGAAGAAUGGGCUUAAAGGGAAACUCUGGGGAGAAGGGAGCACCAGGGGAGCCAGGUCUGUCUAUCAUUGGCCCACGAGGACCUCCUGGGCAGCCCGGUACUAGAGGAUUUCCAGGCUUUCCGGGUCCAAUCGGCUUGGAUGGGAAACCCGGACAGAAUGGUCCAAAAGGUGAUAUGGGUCCUCGUGGUCCAAAAGGAAUUCCAGGUGAACCUGGUCCUAAAGGGGAGAAGGGUGUAUGUGGUGACUACACUCACAGGCAGAUGUUGCCCAUCACCGUUCGCAACAUGCCCUCAAUAAGCCCUCUAAUCCUAAAGCGCCUCAAGCAGGGCGAGUCCGGAGCACAGGGACCACCGGGGCCUCCCGGCCCCCCAGGGCCUCCAGGGAAUCCUGGCAUAACUGGUGCUAGUGGGCCCCCGGGUAAACCCGGAGAACCUGGUAAACCUGGUAAAGACCCAAGGAUGCUACCAGGGCUGAAGGGUGAACCUGGUGUUCCUGGACAAAAGGGUGAUCAUGGUGAGACAGGCCCAAGUGGACCUGAAGGCCCUCAGGGAAUUAAAGGAGAUCAAGGGCUGAAGGGGGAUCAAGGGAUAGAUGGGCUACCAGGAGACAAGGGGGAAAAGGGUGAGCCUGGUUUUCCAGGCACCCCUGGACGAAAGGGUCAGGCAGGUAUUUCUGGUAUACCUGGAAAGCGGGGCUACAAGGGAGAGAAAGGUGAGCCCAGUGCUGCAGGAAAUGGUGUUAAAGGAGAACCAGGUGCCCCAGGAUUAUCAGGACAAGCUGGACCCAAGGGUGAUCAGGGUGAUCAAGGCAUAAAGGGUGAACCAGGUCAGGAAGGCCCAUCUGGACCAAGGGGUCCACCAGGUCCAACAGGGGAGCCAGGAAAAACUUUAAUCAACAACAAUGAGAAUGAUAUUCGGAAUGUGCAUUCAAUGGGCCCUCCUGGUCUGCCUGGACCUCCUGGGACUCCAGGCUUGAAGGGUGAUGUUGGACUUCCAGGUCCCCCUGGUGUUGAUGGGGAAAAGGGUCCAAGAGGAAAGCCAGGAGAGCAGGGGCCCAUCGGUCCUCCCGGACCAGAGGGACCACGAGGAGAGGGAGGAGUCAUGGGCUUCCCUGGACCAAAAGGAGACAAAGGCGAUAUGGGCCCUUCUGGAUCACCUGGUUUAGAUGGCCCUACUGGAGAAAAGGGGAUUUCAGGGCCCACUGGCCCCAUUGGAUUGCCAGGCCCAGUGGGUCAGAAAGGUGACCCUGGCGAGAAAGGAGAUAAAGCAGAGCUGGUCUACGGGCCUGCUGGACCUCCAGGGCCUGCAGGGCCAGUUGGGCCAAUGGGACCUCCAGGUUUGUCAGGGCCAAAGGGUGAGACAGGACUAGGCCUGAGAGGAGAGAAAGGAUCACCUGGACAGAAAGGAGACAAAGGAGUCAGGGGCCAUCUUGGACUCCCUGGGGCUCAUGGUUUAGACGGCAGGCCUGGUCCAGUGGGUCUGAUUGGACCAGCUGGAGUUCCUGGGCCUGCAGGACCAAAAGGAGAAAGGGGGGAAAAGGGAGAUAUGGGAGUAGCAGGACCAACUGGGCCUCAAGGCAUCCCUGGUUUAGUAGGACCAGCAGGAUUAAAAGGAAACCGGGGGGAGAGGGGCAAGAAAGGCAACAGGGGGGCCAAAGGGGAUAAGGGAGACCAAGGAGCCCCUGGAUUAGAUGCCCCGUGUCCGUUGGGUGAUGAUGGUCUACCAGUACCAGGGUGUUGGAAUAAAGGUCAGAAUCCGUUCCAGCUAGCCAAGAAGUAACACUGCCAUGAGAUCCACAUGGUUCUGGCGAUUUCCGACGCAAAAACUUGAAGAGAUUUUGGGAGAUCUUUAAGUCUGGUCUGCUCGAUGGCGGCUGUUUCAAGGUUUUCCUAUGCAACCAUCGUGUAGUACUGGAACACUCCAUAGGAUGGCAGAUAUGAGCAGACUGACUGACUAGACUGCACAAGGAAUGUUUUAUUUCCUUCGCUUUUCUUUUUCUGUCUUUACGGAAAGGCGAUGACACAAAAGUAGCCUGUCAUUUCUCCAAGUUUUACACUCUUUUCUUUUUCCAUUAUAUUGUUCACUAUGUGAAAGACAACAUUUUAGCACAUUUUGUUCCUUGAUAGUUACAAUGUUAUUACACUAUUAUUAUUAUUAUUAUUAUUAAUGUUUAACACCAGCAACUGUGAUCAGAGAGUUCAGCGCAGCUCACUAAACAUACAGAUGAUGUCUGAGUGUCUGUGUGUUUUCAGGCAAACCAAAGAAAGGAAAAAAAAAUAAAAAAUACAAAAAUCUUUGAUGAUUCCUGAUUGAAACUGUCACUGCCUUCUGCUAAGAGCUGCAAGUAAAAUGCAAUCGCACACUCACAUUUCUACUCAUGUUUAAUACUAAUAUUUCAAAUGUAUGUAUAUAAUGGUCAUGCUUUGACAGUAUAAAUAGUGCAGUAUUACAUUUAUACAAUAUAAUACUGUUUGUGCUUGUAAAAGUAGCAUAGUAAAAAUUCAUUAACCUGUUUGCAUACAGGUAUAUUUCUUUAAAAAAAAAAAAAUAAAUCAGACAGCAACUAUUACUGUAACUAAUUUGAAACGUUCAAUGUACCAACAUCUUUAGGCUAAUAAUGAUUCUCCUAAAAGUUGCCUGGAAGAAAAGGAUUUUUUAAAAUAGCCAUUUGCAAAAAGGGCAUUUGAAGGUGUUGCAGCAUGAAUGCAACAUUUGACUGUUGUAAACAGUUUAGACAUGUUAAUACUGACACAAUGUAUAUUUUGCAAUCCCUUUGAAAUGAAACAGCUGAUCACAGUUUGUUUGGGAAAACCUGUACUCUUGGGAAUUUAUAUAGGGCAGCUAAAGCAUGGCAAAUGUAAACAGACAAUUAAUGUUGGGUUUUUAAUUUAUUGCUAGUUUGUGAAGCUUUAGAUAAACUAUUUGCUUAUAGUUACUGUUUAUUCCUAUGAUUACCAAGAGUAAACCUUUUUUUUUUUUUUUGCUACAAAAACCAUUCACUUCACUACAGAGGGAGCAAGGGCUGAGCAGUCUCACUCUUGCAGUUGAACAUGACUAUUAUGACAGCUACUAUCAAAUGAUCAAAUCUACAGAAGAUUCAUACCAUUCACUGAAACAGAACUGCUGUUGGUGACAUUACCACAUCGAUCAUACCAGGGUUUGUAAGGAAAAAUUGUUUAAUUUCCUUUUGAUAUUGUGACCUGGUUCAGUGUGUGUGACGUGGUGUCACAUGUACAAGCAGAUAUAUUCUCUUGUUUUCCUUUAUUGAUAAUCUUUUUGUUUGUUUGUUUGUUUGUUACCUAAUGCAAGCAUUCCUUAUUUUAUGUUUUGACACCUGUUUGUUGUUUAUAGCCUAAACCCACUAGAUAUUAUAUUUCAUUAAAUCUUCCAUUAAGUCAAGUUAUCCAGAAAACACAGAGCUUAAUGUGUAAUUAGAGUAAACAAGUGCUUAUUUCGCUAAUUCAAGCUGCGAUUUUCUCAUCACUAUAUUUCUUGCAAAACAAAAACAAAACAAAAAAGAUUUAAACAAAUGUUUUAAAUUAGAUUUAUUUAAAUAUGCUUAACUUUGUGAAGUAUAAGUGAGUUUAAUAAAUGACAAAGCAGAUGUAGUUGCUUUGCAAUUUACCAAACUGUAUUGUUGAAAAUUUAUGAAUAUUGUUUACUAAAUUAAUAUUCCUAGUUAAUUUUAAUUGAAUACUUCUCAUUAAUUCUGAAUUCAUAAUGUGUACACAAUUUAAAGAUUAUUCAAUUCAAUUUGAUGAAAAAUUGUCACAAUUGAAAGGUGUAAAGCUUAAAAACAAUGGUCAUUGGAUGUUAAAACAAAUGUUGAUUGGAUGUUGUUGAUUCAGGUUUAAUCUAAUCUAAAAAAUUGAUUUAAUGUUACUUAAAACAUGAUUAUUUGGAUCCUUAUUUCAAAUAAAAAGAUUCUGCGGUUAUUUGUUUAUGAUAACAUUACACCUUAUGCAUUUCAUAAUCAUAUAGACAACUAUAUAUAUAAAACAUUUCACAUCUUUUGUGAUAGUUAUAACAAGUGUUUGAUGCCAUGAUAGUUAAUAAUUCUGGAAACACUGACACAAAAGAUAAAGAUAGAUUAAAUGUGGUAAACAUGUAUGAAUUAGAUCUUGUGCAUUCUGUAUUAUAUUUAACAUUAGUUUUUGUUGUUGUUGUUUUUUAUUUUAGGGCAUGUUAUGAAGUGGGUUUUUUUUAUUUAUUGUUUAUUAUAUGCACGAUGUAUAGUUUUGUUUUGUUUUUUUAGUGUAAUUUUGCACAUUGAAGAGUGUGUGACUUGAACAAGAAUAUAAAAUUUGUACUGUACAUCAUGUAUUUUCUACACAGAACAUUUCCCUUUGGACAGAAAACAUGUCUUGAUCUUGUAUUGUCCUUCUUUGUACAGUGUACUCUUCAAGAAGUAAUUUAGUAAUAUCUUGACGAGAUUUUAAUUUGUGACAGCAUUUUUCAGUUGUCAUCUCUCCAGAUUAUGUAUUUCACAAGCCACUUAAAAAAUUUUCUUCAUGUUUUUAUUUUAUUUUUAUUUAUUUAUUUUUUAUUUUUUGGAAGGUAUUUUUGUAGAAGAAUAUUUGAUCAAAUAUUUGUUUGCAUAAACAGUUAUUUCUGCAAUUGCAGUCCAUAUUGUACAUUUAUUACAUUUUAUGAGGAGUACACUUUCAAUACAGCUAUCCAGCUACUGUAGGAACAUCAACAAAACUUGGCAGUUGUUGCCUCUGAUGCUAGUUUAUGUUUGGGUCAAUCUGAUCUCUAAUCACCCACUGCCUGUGUGAGCAUUGCUCUCUGUUGUGAACAGUUCACCUGCUAACUAACACAAUUAUUCUUCAACAAUAGGUGUAUGUCCUACUGAGAACACAUAUAGUAUCAGACAGUUUGUAUCAUAUCUUUACUGUUGUUGAUGAUGUUGUUAUAUAGUUAGACAGUUUUACGUAAAUGUUUAAGAGGGCAUUUAUUUUUGUGCUUUUAUAGGAGGUGCAAGUGUAAGAAGAAUUUUAACUACUUGCAUGUCUAACUAACACAUUUUAGUCUUUCUGAUAGACACUUGUCUUUUCUUUUUUUUUAUUGGUUUAAAAUCAAGCAUUGAAUUAAGAUGUUAAAGUUUAUUAUUGAUGAUUCAAUAUAAGCCUCUGGAGUUUUAUUAAGGUAUUUUUUCAUACUGGCUCAGUCUUUUAUUUUCUUUCUUUUUUAAGGGUAUAAGAGUAUAAGCUAUUUGUUUAUUUUGGGGAUAAAAAAGGACAUUAGAACUGUGUCAGUCACUGAAAUAAAUAAAUGGAAUAAUUGAAAAUCUACUGACUCUACUGGUGUAUUUAGCAGAAAAUCUGUUGCCAACUAUUGUAAAUUGCUGGUUUUAAAUAAUUAAACAAACAAAUGUACAUAAACACAAAACAAACAACAACAAAAAAAAUUAAAAAAUGCUUGUAGGCCAUUGAGAAUAUUGAUGCAAAAGCAGAAUCUAUAGUGUUUCUAAUGUCUUUUAAGCCGUUUAAUGUGUCC